AAACAUUUUGACACUGGGAUUCCACUGAGAGAUUCCCUCCUAAAAUUUGGACGAAUUAAUUGUGUUAGAAAGAUUUCUAAUUAAAACGAAUUAAUUGUGAUAAUUAAUCGCAUUAAAAUGUGUAUUUUUCGAUAGCAUCGACUACACACUCGGAACCAAGUAAUGCCAUGUUGUAAAUCGUUGAACCAUGAAGGAUCUCACACAUUAUUUCCAAACUCCUAAGGCCAAGUCGAGCAGCUCAGAAGCUACCGAAUCGAAAACACCAGCAAAAUGUAAGCGAAAAGCUAGCGAUAGUGUGGACUCAGAAAGUACCAAGACACUCGUCAAUGGUAACGAAACUACCCCCGAAGAAGAAAUAUUCACGACUAAAAAGCGUCGUAAAAGUAAUCCAUCUUCGAGGAAGAAACCCACGAAACCGACUGCAAACGGAACUCAUGAGAAUAAUCUUUCUGACGAUGAAAACACUCCUAUUUUAAAGAGGACGGUAAAAUGCAACGGCGAUGCUACUGAUAAAAUCGAUUCGACUCCGGUUAAAAAAGUACGCACUUAUUCGAAGAAGAAACCUGUAAACGUAGUUGAAUCGAAAAAUGCUGAUUCGUUCGAUGGUAUGAAUUUUGAUGUUCAUGUUUUACUUAGCGAUUGUGUUCGAGAAAAUUCAUCUGUCGCUGAAACGAACGAAUCUUCAGAAACUACAGCUUCGAAUUCAGACUCGUGUUUCGUAGAUGAGAAUAAAUCGAAGAACAGCUCCAAGUCGAACAAUGAUGACGAUAGUCUUGAAACGAAUUCAUCUGCUGCCAAAUCAAACCGAUCAUUGAAAACCAAAGCGUCGAAUUCAGACUCAUGUUUGGUAAAUGGAAAGAAACCGAAGAAAAGCUCCAAAUUGAAGAAGGAUGACGAUAGUCUCAAAGUGAAAUCAUCAGCUGCCAAAUUAAACCGAUCAUUGAAAACUAAAGCUUCGAAUUCAGACUCAUGUUCGGUAGACGAAGAAGAAACGAAGAAGAGUUCUAAAUCGAAAAAUGACGACGAUAGUCUGAACGCGAAUUCAUCUGCUGCUAAAUCGAACCGAUCGUUGAAAACUAAAGCUUCGAAUUCAGACUCGUAUUCGGUAGAUGAAGAAGAAACGAAGAAGAGUUCUAAAUCGAAAAAUGCCGACGAUAAUCUGAACGCGAAUUCAUCUGCUGCCAAAUCGAACCAAUCGUUGGAAACUGAAGCAUCGAGUUCAGACUCGUGUUUCGUAGAUGAAAAGAAACCGAAGAAAAGCUCCAAACUGAAAAAGGAUAAAAAAGAGUCAUUAGAAACCGAACCAUCUGAUUUGGAUUCUUCGAAGCUGGCUGAAAAGAAACCAAAACAGAGUUCCAAGUCGAAAAAUGAUAAAGAUGACGAAUCAAAGAAGAAUAAUUUACUGAAUUAUUUCUCCAAAGUUGAUAAACUUCCGAGUAUUCCUGAUAAAACGCGUACGAAUAUUAUCACCGUUCAAGCAAUAGUCCAUUCGCCUCCGAAAGAUAAGAGUAAAUUGAUCAAAGAACGCGAUCCUAAUGUUCUAGAUGUAUCCCCAACGUUGAUGAAGAAAUCCAAGAAGAAGAGUUGUAAUUUUGACGACAUUACGGUGAUCGAAGAAGUUAUUAAAGACGAUGAUAAAAGUUCCAAGUUAUCUACUGUUGUUCCUACUACACCUCAACCUCAAAUUGAGAACGUUUCCCCAGAAGGUACCGUUUCGAAGGGUAAAUCGUGGAAAAUGCGAGUAAAAUUGACGCCAUCGGCGAAUCUCGAAGGUGUUAUUUCAAGAAACAACUCGAGAAAAUAUAGGAAAAUUAUCGUAUCGAGCUCAGAUGACGAGGAUACCGAAAACAAAAUCGAAACCCAAUCCGAUCACAGUGAUGUAGAAUUUGUCAGUGAAUCGAAAAAGGAACCGGAUCCGAUGAUGUCUGCAAAUAAGGAAACCCCUCAGCCAAUCAAAUUAGCUCCAUUGUUUACCAAACGAAACGAUAUCAAAAGUACCCCAAAUCGGAUUCGAAUUAGUGAUGAAGCUAAACGACAAUUUUUGGAAAGUGGAGUUCCCGAUGUGAUUAAGAAAAAAAUGGAAGAACUAAAAAAUAACGCCGAAGAUGAAUACAAAGGAGAAUACGUAUUUCCAAAAUGUACCCACGUCCAGCAAAAAGAACCCGAAUCUUUUAUUUGGGACUUGAAAGAAUAUACCGAUUUCAAAUUAAGAGACCCUAUGGACGAUAUCCAAAUCGAUGAAAUUUUGCAUCAGUCGUAUUGCUCAUUGAUUACUAACGAUGUUAAACCUGAAUCCGAUCAAGGAAAGGAGGAAACGUUCCAAUUUGAUCUUAAGAACGAAAUUAAUUCGCUGAAAAAACAAGAACCUAAUGCCAACGUGAUGGACAUCCAUUCGAGUAUCAAACGCUUGAAAAAGGUUAGCGAAAGUGUUCCAGAUAUUUGUUGGACUGAAAAAUACAAACCGUUCGUAUUCGGUGACAUGAUCGGUAACACGAAUUCUCUGCAUCAGCUUAAAGAAUGGAUCGAAAGCCAUAAAAGAAUGAAACAAGUCUUCUUAGAAAGUGAUUCGAGCAGUGGUGGUGAAUUCGUCGACUCAGAUGACAGCUGCAGCAGCACCGAUGUGAAAAAUAACGUUGCUAUCAUAGUCGGACCUCCCGGUUGUGGUAAAACCUGCGCUGUUUUCAUGUUAGCCAAUGAAUUAGGAUUUAAGGUACUAGAGGUGAACGCAGGAUCGAACAGAGCUGGUAAGAAGAUCAUCGAUGAGUUAUUAGAAGCUACGCAGUCCCAUAGAGUCAAAAGAACUUCUGGUUCGCUGUUUAAUUCGAAACCCGAAAAAUCCAAGAAGAAGAAAAAGAAAGAAAAGGAAAGUAAAAAAGACAGAAAAACCAUGUCUUUGAUUUUAAUCGAAGAUGCUGACAUAUUAUUCGAAAACCACGACGAAGGUUUCCUAUCUGCGUUAAAUUCACUCACCUCUCUAUCCAAAAGACCAUUAAUAUUCACGGUGAACAACUUAAACUAUCCUCAUCUGCAUAAAUACAACAAUGCCCAAAAUCUGAUCUUGAGAUUCAAUUACCCUUCAAGAGCAUCAAUUAACGCUUGGCUAAAAGUGAUCGCACUUUUAGAAGGAGUUCAGUUAUCUGAUGAACUUUUGAUAGAAUUGUAUAAAAUCGCUGGUUCAGAUUUGAGAAAAAAUCUACUCCAAUUACAGAUGCUUGUACAGUCCAAGUAUCUAUAUCCGAAAUCUAAUAACGAGCAGUUAUUCUAUCAAGACUGGCUCUCUAAUGUGAGAUGUCUCGGCGAUAAAAAAAUCACACCAAAGUUGAAUGACUGCAACGGCGAGAAUGAUCACGAUAAACUGUUCAGUGAUGAUGAAGAGACUUGCUCUUUGGAUGAUCUUGAAAAAAAGGAAGAGAUCGUUGUUGCACCGAAACCAAAAUCAGAACUACGUCGCGAUCGUGAGGCACUUCUGGAAUCAGUCAAAUUGUUGAAUUAUGCUGCUAAUUUAGAUGAUUUCGCUUGCGAUAAUGAUCAAAAAAUAUUCCCAAGCCGAUUUUCUCCGGCCAAAGACGCAAAUGAUUUCACAUAUCGAUUAAAUAGCGAUUUGGUGGAGUUUAUCAAAAACAGAAUAUUUGAUAAGUACGAAAAGAACGCCUCGUUUUCGUUCAAAAAAUAUUUCAAUGCGGUCUCACAAAAUUCCAGAAUAAAAACCAUCACCGAAAACGUGUUCGUAUCGUUUAAUCCUAGAAUUUGCAAUCAACGAGUGAGAAAUUGUGAUUACCUGCCUACGAUUAGGGAUAUUGCUCGUUUUGAGAAGACUAAAACGCCAACUACAUUGAGACGCUCGAAUCGAUAUUUCAGCUAUUUAAAAUCAGUCAGUAUCGAUGUAACUGAUAAAGAAAUCGAAAUAUUAUGUAAUACGUUUGUAUCGUAACAUUGUUUUAAACACUGUACUUAUUGAUAUUAUUUUUAAUUUUAUAUGAAUUUUGACGAGUUUUGCUCUUGUUAUUUUUAUGUUGUAUUAUUUUAUUGCAUCGUAUUCUCCGAUGAUGUGCAUUAUGUAUAUCAAAGAUGUAUGAAACCUUAACGAUCUCUAUUUUAAGGAGUGCUCUUAUACAUUUACUAGUGUUCUUUUCUAUUCUAUUUUUUGAAAAUAUGUUUACUCCUAAAGUACGUGUACAAUGCGAUUGAAAUCAGUUUCAUGUUGUAUAAAAUAGGUAGUAAAAAUAUUUUCACGUUUGUAAAAUUAAUUUUCGAAAUAUAAUUUUAAUGUGGGA